AUGAAGAAGACCACCCGCCCAGUCUUGCCAGUCCCGGCACCGCCUCUACGCACUUCCCGGCUCCUCCUCCGGCCAUUCCAACCAUCCGACCUUGCUGACUUCCAUGUUCUUCGUACCCAGAUCGAAGUGAUGAUGUGGACCAGCACCGGCAAGGAAGACGCCAACCAGGAGGUCACUCAAGCAUGGAUGAAUAGGUUCCUGCCUCCAAAUGAAGCCACCACAUUUAAUUUCGCGGUGGAAGAAUUGGCAGUGCCCGGAGUGGUCAUUGGUGCUUUGGGAUGUCACACUUCAGAGCCUCCAGAGGUUGGGUUCUUCUUCAGGAAGGAAUACUGGGGCAAGGGGUACGCCACUGAAACUUUUCAACGUUGGCUUCAAGCGUGGUGGGAGCUGCCCAGGAAGGAAGUUUUGAUCGACAGUGAAGGCGAGGAUUUGACCGCUCAAGGGCUGGAUGGCGACAUUGACAUGGUAUCCGAGGUCUUGCGGGCUGACAGAGAUGCGAGAAAUGUUGCAAGUGCUCGUUUGCUGGAGAAAUUCGGGUUUCGCCCGGUCGGAGAAAAGACAGAGGAGAUAAAUGGAGCUGUCGUCAAAGUCAUAAAAGCUCAAUUGCAACGUCCAAACUAG